CUUCAGCUCUGCUGGAACCCUCCCUUUGUGUAGCAGUGGAGCUUGUGUACUGGGGACUGAUUCAUGGAGGAUUAUAGCUGAACCCAGCCACAGAACACAGGAGAUACGUUGAGCGGAGAGCAAGUCAGCAGUUCCACUGGUCCGGUCACCCUUUCUUCCACGCUCUCCUUCUGCUCUGCCAGUGCUGCUGUUCAUCCUCAUCCUGAUCGGUCUCCGCCUGAAGCAUGCAUCCCGAGCGUCCUCUCCCCCAGGCCAUGCCCUCCUCCCUGGGGCAGAACCUUCGUGACAUGGCCAUGGGCCUGGGCCGAGGCAAGAACCUCCUGGGUGGGAACAUCGCCUAUGGGUUCAUCCGGUCCAUGAAGGAGUGCCUGUACUUCCUUCUCUGCUGCUGGUGCAUCAAAGAGAUCCUGGACUGAGUGACCACAGAAGAUAGGAGAUGAUAUUGUUCAACAAUUUAUUCUCUAACUUUUUGAUUUUGUUACUCUGUAGCCUCCCUGAGCAUACCCUUCUCUACUCUGGAUUGUUUAUUUUACUUUUUAUCGGACAGGAAGGAUAGAGUAAGCAAAACUGAAUGUAAUGAUGCUGUAGUAAAAGCUCCGCGGGACAACUGGUUGCGUGUUCAUAACCCAACGUAACUCAUGAGGCCAGCGGAGAUAUGUCACUUCAUUGUGAAGCUGGCUCUAAAACCACAAUGAUGAAGACAUAAAUACACUAAAGGCUGAACCAAUAUGAACUAAUUUGAAGAACUGUGAUUAAAUAAUGUUUUCCUUGAUACAA